AUGAAUAAGACGGGCAGUAACGUAACUGAGAUUGAACAGUUUAAACUCAAACGCACUAGGGAGCGCACAAAGGCCACAAAAUUAACAAACGAGUUAAAGUCUCUAUUCUCCCAAGUCCAUGGAGAUAGCGACAGCAUCGCGCGAUACGAGCUCGACUACAGCAUCGAGAUCGGAGAGGGCCACCUGGAAGUGCUGGAGAACCUGGAGUCGGAGCUGAAGGCGCUGGGCGUUGAAGAUGAGUCGGCGCACAUCGCAGACCUCCACAAGGCCAUCGGUCUCGGGAAGCGCCUCCUGGCGCGAACGGAGCAAGCCGAGGCCUCUCCAGUUCCAUCUGCGCCUCCGGCGAUGUUCAAGCUGGACAUCACCGUGCCCAGGUUUAAAGGUGACCUGCUGGCCUGGCCAGAGUUCUGGGAGAUUUUCAAGGCCUACGUUCACACCAACAGGGGUUACUCCUCUGUUCAGAAGCUCUGCUUCCUGCGUCAGCAUCUCGAUGGACUUGCAGCCCGUGCGAUUCAGGGACUACCGCUGACAGCCGACUACAUGGUGGCUGUGGAGAUCCUCAAGGACCGGUUCGGGAAGGACGACAUCCGCAAGGACCUCCUCAUCACCAAGCUUCUGAACCUGCCGGCCGUCACCAGCGCGGACAACCUCAAAGCUCUGAGGCGCUUGGUGGACGAGGUGACGGCAGGUGAUCCCACCACCUGCUGA